AUGGCAUUGCAAAUCCUUUUUUGUUCCGAGAGCUUGAAAAAGUUGUCUCCUUUUAUUCAGACCAUGUCGUCGACUUCUUUCACCGACCUCCUUGCUUCUUCCGGCGUUGACUGCUACGAACAAGACGAAGACUUUCGUGUUUCCGGGUCGGUUUCGCUGUAUCAGAGUGAUAGUUAUUACCCGGAGAGAACCGGGUCGGGUUUACCCAAGUUCAAGACGGCGCAACCGCCUCCGCUUCCGAUUUCCCAGUCUCCUCAUUUUGCGUUCUCCGAUUUGCUUGAUUCUCCUCUUCUUCUCAGCUCCUCACAUAGCUUGAUAUCUCCGACAACAGGAGCGUUUCCAUAUCAAGGCUUCAACGGAACAAACAACCACUCAGAUUUCCCCUGGAAGCUACAGCCGCAAUCGCAGCCGUCAAACGCUUCUUCUGCUUUGCAAGAACCAUAUCGUGCUCAAGAUCUCCAGAAGAAGCAAGAUCCAGUUCCUCGUGAGGUUUCAGCGCACAGCUUUGGAUCGAAUCGCCAGAUCAAGGUACCAUCGUACAUGGUGACUAGGAACUCUAAAGAUGGUUAUGGAUGGAGAAAAUACGGUCAGAAGCAAGUGAAGAAGAGCGAGAACCCGAGGAGUUACUUCAAGUGUACAUAUCCAAAUUGUGUUUCCAAAAAGAUUGUUGAGACUGCUUCUGAUGGACAGAUCACUGAGAUCAUCUAUAAAGGAGGUCAUAACCAUCCUAAGCCAGAGUUCACCAAGAGACCAUCAGGAGCAACAUCGUCUACAUCGGCUAACGCGAGAAGGAUGUUUAAUCCUUCCUCUGUUGUUAGUGAAACACAUGAUCAGUCAGAGAACUCUUCGAUCUCGUUUGACUACAGUGAUCUUGAGCAGAAGAGCUUUAAAUCGGAAUAUGGUGAGGUAGAUGAAGAGGAGGAGCAUCCUGAGAUCAAGAGACUGAAAAGAGAAGGUGAAGAUGAAGGAAUGUCAGUAGAAGUAAGCAGAGGAGUGAAAGAACCAAGAGUUGUUGUUCAAACGAUAAGUGACAUUGAUGUUCUUAUAGAUGGCUUUAGAUGGAGGAAGUAUGGUCAGAAAGUUGUCAAGGGAAAUACUAAUCCAAGAAGCUACUACAAGUGCACAUACCAAGGUUGUGGAGUGAGGAAGCAAGUAGAAAGAUCUGCAGAAGACGAGAGAGCCGUUCUCACUACCUAUGAAGGAAGACACAAUCACGAUAUCCCAACUGCAGUGGUGUUUACUAAGAAGACCAUGGAUUUGACGACAUUAGGCAGAUAUGAGACCAACUCAUCGCAUUGGGGCGAAGUGCAUGGUCCAUUCAUGAUGGAGGAGCUUGUGUGCCAGAAGCAAAACAUGCUGACCUCAAAAGGCAUUUUCAUGAACGCUAACCCUUUCAAAUACGCAAUGCCUCUUCUCAUGGUUCAAAUGUCAGUCAUCAUCAUCACCUCUAGGCUUAUCUUCCGUCUCCUUCAACCUUUUAAACAAGGAAUGAUCUCUGCUCAAGUAUUGGCUGGUAUACUUCUAGGACCGUCUCUAUUAGGACAUAACGUGACAUACAUGGAAAUGUUUCUUCCCGCUGGAGGCAAGAUCAUACUACAAACGCUUUCAAACAUCGGUUUCAUCAUCCAUCUCUUCAUUCUUGGACUCAAAAUCGAUGCCAGUAUUAUCAAGAAAGCCGGUUCUAAAGCCAUCCUCAUCGGUACAGCGUCUUACGCCUUCCCUUUCUCCCUUGGGAACCUCACGGUUUUCUUCUUUAACAAAACCAUGGGACUUCCCAACGACGUGGUUCGCUGCGUGAGCAGCGUGAUCUCCUUGAGCUCUAUGACAUCGUUCCCGGUUACAACCACGGUGUUAGCUGAGCUUAACAUCCUCAACUCAGAGCUAGGACGGUUAGCCACAAACUGCUCGAUGGUCUGCGAAGCUUGUAGCUGGUUCGUGGCUCUAGCGUUUAAUCUCUACACGCGUGAGAGGACGAUGAGUAGCGUUUAUGGGAUUCUCAUGAUCGCAGGUCUUCUUGGAAUUAUCACAGGAGUCUUUAGACAUUUCAUCAUAUGGCUUACCAAGAGAAAAAGCAAAUCUAUGAACAACAAAGACGUUGUUCCGUUCUUCCCUAUCCUCUUGGUUCUGUCUAUAUCUAGCCUUAGCUCAGAGGCGUUAGGCGUCCACGCCGCGUUUGGAGCGUUUUGGCUAGGCGUUUCGCUACCUGAUGGACCACCUUUGGGGACGGAACUCGCUAUGAAACUCGACAUGAUUGCUUCGAAUAUGCUCCUCCCCUGUUUCAUGGCUAUUAGUGGGUUACAGACUAACUUCUUUGCGAUCACAGAGAGCCAUGAGCACCAUGUGAUGUUGAUCGAGAUCAUUCUCUUGAUCACUUACGGCUGCAAGUUCCUAGGAACAGCGGCUGCGUCUGCUUACUGCCAGACGCAGAUCGGAGACGCGCUUUGUUUGGCGUUCUUGAUGUGUUGCCAAGGUAUCAUCGAAGUCUACACUACUGUCGUGUGGAAAGACGCUCAGGUUGUUGAUACAGAAUGCUUUAAUCUGGUGAUAAUAACGAUUUUGAUGGUAACGGGGGUUUCGCGGUUCCUCGUGGUUUACCUCUACGAUCCUUCAAAACGCUACAAAAGCAAAAGCAAACGAACGAUCCUCAACACGAGACAACGCAAUCUUCAGCUCCGUCUUCUUCUUAGCGUUUACAACGUCGAAAACGUUCCUUCCAUGGUGAACCUUCUAGAAGCUACUUACCCGACACGGUUUAACCCUAUCUCGUUCUUCACUCUGCACCUCGUCGAGCUUAAAGGGCGAGCUCACGCAGUUCUCACGCCGCACCACCAGAUGAAUAAUCUUGACCCAAACACGGCCCAAUCCACACGCAUUGUCACUGCCUUUCAACGUUUUGAGCAAAAGUUUCAGAAUACUCUCAUGGCGCAACAUUUCACCGCAGCCUCGCCUUUCUCGAGUAUAAACAACGACGUGUGCACGCUCGCGCUCGACAAGAAGGCGACUUUAAUCGUGCUUCCGUUCCACAAGCAGUACGCGAUCGACGGGACGGUCGGACUAGUCCACGGAGCCGUCAGGAACAUAAACCUAAACGUGCUUGAAGCAGCACCUUGUUCGGUCGCGAUAUUCAUAGACCGAGGGGAAUGCGAGGGACGUCGCUCCGUCUUGAUGACUAGCACGUGGCAGAACGUGGCGGUGCUCUUCAUCGGAGGCAGGGACGACGCGGAGGCGCUCGCGUUAUGUAUGAGGAUGGCUGAGAACCCGGAGCUUAACGUCACAAUGAUACAUUUCCGCCACAAGAACUCCCUUCAAGACGAGGAUUACAGCGCAAUGGCCGAGUACAAUCUCAUAAACGACUUCAAGAGCCACGCAGCGAACAAAGGGAAAGUACAUUACGUAGAGGAGAUAGUGAGGGAUGGCGUGGAGACUACGCAAGCGAUUAGCUCGCUUGGAGAGGCUUAUGACAUGGUGUUAGUGGGUCGGGACCAUGACCUAGAGUCUUCGGUUUUGUAUGGACUCACGGAUUGGAGUGAGUGCCCUGAGUUAGGUGUGAUAGGAGAUAUGUUGACGUCACCGGAUUUUCAUUUCUCGGUGCUCGUUGUUCAUCAGCAGCAAGGGGAUGCAGAUGCACUUGACAUAGACGAUAGUUAUAAAUUACCUGUCGAUCAUCAGAAGACUGGAGAUACAAAGAUCCAACCACGUUUCUCUGCUGAAGAAGGUUUCACUACCAUCGAUCUCGAAAAAAGUUAGAGUAAUUAAGUGAGUUUAAUCUUUGAUUUAGUAACAUUAAUUCUUUUUGUUGUAAGUUCAUAACUAUAGAUAUUUAUAAAUAUGUAAGAGUAGAUGCAUUUGGGAUAUUAAGUUGAGUCUCAGGAUGAAAACAGUAAGAUUCAUG